AUGACCUUCACCUUCACAGCCCUGCUCUGUCUCGGGGCCCUCCCUAAGCUUAUCCUCAGAGCACAACCAGCCUCUGUAGUCUCUCAAUAUACUACCGUAAUCUUCUUGUGUGAGGGGACCACAGGAGCCAAAGAGUACAUACUCUAUAAAGAGGGAUACGAGAUUCUACGGAGCACAGAGAUUCCACAGAGUCCUAGGAACAAGGCUGAAUUCUCAAUCUCAAAAAUUGACCACAAUCAUGCAGGGCGAUAUAGCUGUCAAUAUCGGACCCGUGAUGGAUGGUGGUCAGAGUACAGUGACUCCCUGGAGCUGGUGGUGACAGGAGCCUACAGUAAACCCAGCCUGUCAGCCAAGCCCAGCCCUGUGGUGACUGAAGGAGGGACUGUCACCCUCCAGUGUGUCUCAGGGCAGAGAUAUCACAGGUUCAUUCUGACGAAGGAAGGACUUCAGAAGCUCUCCUGGACAAGGAACUCACAGUAUAACUACUCUACUGGACAGUUCGAGGCCCUGCUCUCUGUGGGCCCUGUGACCUCCAGACAAAGGUGGACAUUCAGAUGCUACAGCUUUCACAGGAACAGCCCACAGGUGUGGUCAGAACCUAGUGACCCCCUGCAGCUCCUGGUCUCAGGUCUGUCCAAGAAGCCGUCCUUGCUGACUCACCAAGGCCAGAUCCUGGACCCUGGGAAGAGCCUCACCCUGCAGUGUUGCUCUGACAUCAACUAUGACAGAUUUGUUCUGUACAAAUUGGGGGGAGCUGACUUCACCCAGCAUCGAGUCCAGUGGACCCAGAGUGGCCUCUCCUUGGCCAACUUCACACUGGGCCCCGUGAGCAGCUCUACUGGAGGACAAUACAGAUGCUAUGGUGCACACAACCUCUCCUCUGCGUGGUCAGCCUCCAGUGACCCCCUGGAUAUCCUGAUCACAGGACAGCUUCUCUUCAGUCCUUCCCUCUCAGUGACGCCUAACUCCACAGUACACUCUGGAGACAACGUGACCGUGCUGUGUCAGUCAUCAGACCAGGUGGACACUUUCAUUCUGUCCAAGGAGGGAGCAGCCCAACAACCCCAGCGACUAAAAUCAAAGUCUGAAGCUUGGAACUUCCAGGCAGAAUUCUCCAUGAGUGCUGUGACCUCUGAUCUCUUGGGCACCUACAGGUGCUAUGGAUCUCAAGACUCAUCUCCCUACCUGCUGACACAAGCCAGUGACCCUGUGGAGCUCACUGUCUCAGGACCCAUUGGAACCUCAACCCCACCACCCUCAAAGUCCAUGCCAACAGCUGACGCUUCAGUGGAGGACACACAGCUUGAGGAUGGUGCCAACCUGGAAAUUUGGCACUCUGGCUAUGCUGUGGAAAACUGGCCAGAGAUACCCAGGGGAACAGGGAGACACUGUCUGUCCCUCACUACUUCCCUGCUUCAAAGACCAGCUGAGGAAGACCCCCAGGGAGAGACAUAUGCCCAGGUGAAAGGCUCCAGGCUCAGGAGGGCAGGAGCUGUCCUACCUUCUGUCAUGUCAGGAGAAGUCCUGGACACCAAAGAUGGACAGGCAGAAGAUGACAGAGAGAUGGACAGUCAGUCUGGGCCGCUCCUGGGCAGUCCAGGAGCGCUACCCUUGGUGUCGUGGUGUGCUCCUCCCACUGUGCGCCUGGCCGCCGAUGCCCAGGCUGCACGACCACGUCUGGAGCUGCCCAAGCGCUGGCGCUGCGAGGCCGUACAGCCUCCCACGAGGCAUGAUUGCGGCAGCCCGCUGUCCGCAGGGCCCCGGAGCCCCAGAGCCGGCGCCCCGGGGCCAGUGAGCGGGAACGGCAGGAUGUGGCGCGCGGCCCGGCAGCUGGCACCACGACCUGGUGCAGCGGAGCCUCGUGCUCUUCUCGUUCGAAACACAACUGUGAAAAAGCCAUGUACUGCUGCCCACAAGUGCUGCCCACACCUGCACCCCUGUGUGGUCAAAUUCCUCAAGAAGAAGGGUGGCCAUACCAACAACCUGUGCCCCAAGAAAGUCAAAUGA